AUGGUCAGCUCCUGUUGUGGCUCCGUCUGCUCUGACCAGAGCUAUGGCCGAAGUCUCUGCCAGGAGACCUGCUGCCGCCCCAGCUGCUGCCAGACCACCUGCUGCAGGACCACCUGCUGCCGCCCCAGCUGUGGUGUGUCCAGCUGCUGCCGCCCAGUCUGCUGCCAGCCCACCUGCCCUCGCCCCACCUGCUGCAUCUCUAGCUGCUACCGCCCCUCCUGCUGUGUUUCCAGCUGUGGCUCCAGCUGCUGCAGGCCUACCUGCUGCAUCUCCAGCUGCUGCAGGCCCCACUGUUGCCAGUCUGUGUGCUGCCAGCCCACCUGCUCCCGCAUCUCCAGCUGCUGCCGCCCGAGCUGCUGCCUGCGCCCAGUGUGUGGCCGGGUCUCCUGCCACACCACUUGCUAUCGGCCCACCUGUGUCAUCUCCACCUGCCCCCGCCCCGUGUGCUGUCCCUCCUCUUGCUGCUGA